AUGGACCACAAAGAACAGAUCCACGAGAUUCGGUCACACUCCAACCAUAAUGAACACCGUCGACCUCGGGGGCCGCCUCCGCAGGCGAACGGGUACGACUACGCCGACGAGUACAUCUCUCCGCAGAUGAGCCGCGAUGACGCAUUGAAGAGGAUGAAGACGGCCGGCUCCAUCUCCAUAUCCCCGGAGCUAUUCGAGAAGCUGUACCUGUCGCCGCAGAACCAAGUGAAGGGCGACUUACGGAAGACGUUUGGUAACCCGACGCCGAUUGCCAUCGUCGGUUUCCUCAUCUCCCUGACGCCGCUCUGUAUCGAUUUGAUGGGAUGGCGGGGGGCAGGUGGCAACGGUGCGGCUGGCAUACCCUCAUACUUCUUCUUCGGCGGUGUCCUCAUGUUCGUCGGCGGCCUCCUCGAAUGGGUUCUCGGUAACACCUUCCCCGCGACCGUCUUCACGACCUUUGGAGCGUUUUGGGCGACGUUCGGCGGGACUCUGAACCCUUCGUUUGCGGCCUUCUCGUCGUAUGCCCCCGCGGGGUCGACCAACCCUGCCGAUGGCCUGGCGACGAAGGGGUUCAACGCCAGCUUCGGUUUCAUAACCCUCGCGAUGGGCAUGAUCUGCCUCGUGUUUCUCGUCUGCUCGCUGCGGACCAACAUCGUCUUCUUCGUCAUCUUCUUGACCCUCGUUGCGGUCUUCGGCCUCAUCACGGCGGCGUACUGGUUCCUUGCCAUGGACUUCACCGGCAACUCUGCUUAUGCUGCUAAGCUUCUGGAGGCUGCUGGUGCCAUUUUCCAGUCGAGGCCGAUUAAGUUCGUUAUUGGCCAGGACAAGAAGAAAUACACGGUUCACCAAGAGGCCUUCACUGAUCUUUCCAUGCCCGUUCGAGCCAUGCUCACCAACGGCAUGCAAGAGUCAAUCGAAGCAGAGGUCGUUUGGGAGGACGUCGACCCUGAGACUUUUGACUGUCUGCUGCAAUUCGCCUACAACGGCGAAUACGACGGCUCGAUUGGCCCCGAUGCACGCGCCGAGGUCUCGGCGAAGGACAGCGUCGCUGUUGAUGCGGCUUCGAAGAAAGACUCCCGCAAAGUCUCAAAGCCGGACCAGGAUGCCGAGUCUCUGAUGGACUGGAUGAACAGCUUCGGUCGUUACAAUGUAACCUACAUGCAUCAUUUUUGUACGAAAAGCUUCUGCGGUGAUUCGGACGCUAAGGAGCGCGAAGAGGCUUAUAAAGUCUGGAAGAAAGACAUGAAGAAGAAAGAUCGCCAAGACAUCGCAAACUACUUCAUGAAGCAUGUCGAGGUCCUUGUCAUCGCGGACAAGUACAGCUUCGACAGCCUCAAGGAAGCCAGCUGCGACAUCAUCCGCCAGGCUCUCCUGUUCGCCCCCCUUACUGCCGAGCUCAUGGACGUUUUGAUCGACACCUUUUGCUUCGUCAACGCCAAUACGCUAUCUGAGGACUACAUCCGAAGGCUUUUCAUGCGCUACUUCAUCGCGCAGAUUGAUUGGAUCAAACGGAACGACUACCUUCUCCGCCUUCUUCAGAGCAUUCCUGAAAUGGCCAAAGAAUUGUUGACGGAGAUGCCGCAGAAGCUUUGUGAUCAGCUGAAGGCGAAACCUUGA